CUCACCGCUCAGCCACCUGACUCCCUGACACAUCAAGGUUGAAGAGAUGAAGGGGUUUCUGUUUCUGCUGGCUGCAGGCCUGUGCCUCUGCAUGUGUGGGCGUGCGGCUGAAGCUCGUUUGAGCAGAGAUUUCAUCGAGAGGGCUGUGAAUGACGCAAAAGUAAUAGUGGACGAGGCAUACAAGUACUCCAGAGAAGCGAGCGUGGCGAGGGUGAGGAGGAGCUCCAUCUCACCCUCAGACAUCCUGCGUCUCAUCAAGCAGCCUAACGGCCAGACCCGCACGGCUGUGCGCUCAGCGGACUACAUGGAGCAAGCCAUCACCCUGAUCCAGGAGAGGUCCCUAAGCAACCACUUCCUCCAGAAGCGUUCGCUCAACGCUACGGAUCUGCUCUCCAAGGAGCAACUGAAAACGAUCGCUGAUCUGACUGGCUGCUCACCCAGAGCACGUGCCAGCUGUAAUUUAAUCCCGGAUCUGGACAAGUUCCGCCCUGCCACCAGUGUCUGCAACGACCAGAAAAACCCCAUCAAAGGCUCAUCGAACACCCCCUUCGCCCUCUGGCUGCCCGCAGAGUACCAGGACGGCAUCUCUCAGCCUAAGGGCUGGGACGCAGACAGGCGGGUCAACAACUACCUGCUUCCCCUGGUGAGGGAGGUGUCCAACCGGAUCCUGAGCACAGCCAACGCGGACGUGGAGAACGAUGCGCUCUAUACGCACCUGGUGACCAUCUUCGGCCAGUGGACGGACCACGACCUGACCUUCACCCCUCACUCCCCCAGCAUCCGCUCCUUCAACGGCGGCAUCGACUGUGACGCCAGCUGCGACCGCAGAGAGCCCUGCUUCCCCAUCGAGGUCCCCAUGAACGACACCCGUUUUGGUCUGAACUCCAGCCAGUGCAUGCCCUUCUUCCGUUCAGCUCCCGCCUGCGGAACAGGGAACACAGGCCUCCUCUUUGGCGCUAUCAACGCGCGUCAACAGAUGAACGCCCUGACGGCUUUCAUCGACUUGGGCCAGGUGUACGGAGCCGACGACGUGAAGGCCCGCAGCCUGCGAAGCCUCACUGACAACAAGGGCCUGAUGAGGGUCAACACCAUGUUCAACGACUCCGGCCGCGAACUCCUGCCUUUCAGUAGCAUGGAGUCAAACAUCUGUACCAAUCGUGCACGCAUCACCAAUGACUCCAGUGCCACAGAAGUCCCCUGUUUCGUAGCAGGUGACGAACGGGUGAACGAGCACAUCGGCCUGACCUCCCUCCACACCCUGAUGCUCAGGGAGCACAACCGCCUGGCUCGGGCCCUGGCCAAGCUGAACCCCAGCUGGGUCGGAGAACGGCUUUAUCAGGAGGCCCGGAAGAUCAUGGGAGCCUACCACCAGGUGAUCACCUUCAGGGACUACCUGCGUCACAUCGUGGGGCCUGACGUGCUUUCCAAGCAGCUGUCCACCUACCCUGGCUACAACGAGCGUGUGGAUCCCAGCAUCUCCAGCGUGUUCGCCACGGCUGCCUACCGCUUCGCUCACCUGGCCAUCCAGCCCUUCAUGUUCCGUCUGGACGAGAGGUACCAGGAGCACCCCAGGUUCCCCAGUCCACUGCUGCACAGGGCCUUCUUCACCCCCUGGAGGGUCGUCUUCGAAGGUGGUCUGGACCCCAUCCUGAGGGGUCUGGUGGGCCGCCAGGCCAAGCUGAACACUCAGGACCAGAUGAUGCCUGACGAGCUGAGGGAACGCCUCUUCCAGUUCACCUCCCACCUGGCCCUGGACCUGGCCGCCCUCAACCUGCAGCGUGGCCGGGACCACGGGCUUCCUGGUUACAACAAGUGGCGUGGGUUCUGUGGCCUGUCUCAACCCAGGAACCUGUCAGAGCUGGCUAUGGUGAUGAACAACACCCAGCUGGCUACCAACCUGCUAGCGCUGUACGGGACACCCGACAACAUCGACGUGUGGCUGGGCGGAGUGGCUGAGCCCUUCGUGCCCAACGGUCGCGUGGGGCCUCUGUUCGCCUGCCUCAUUGCCAAGCAGUUCCGGAACAUCCGUCAGGGAGACAGAUUGUGGUGGGAGAACCCGGGGGUGUUCACGAACGACCAGAGAGCCUCCCUGAGGGCCACCUCCCUGGCCCGCAUCAUCUGCGACAACACCGGCAUCACCGAGGUACCUCACAACCCAUUCGAGUACCGACCUCGCGGGGCGGGGUACCGACUCUGCAAGGACAUCCCCGCUAUGGACCUGAGCCCCUGGGAUGAGGACGCUCGACAACGAGGACAACGAGGACAACGAGGACAACGAGGGCCCAAAGGAAGCCAAGGACCACGUGGUUUCCGGGGCAGAACUGGACCUCCCGGGCCUCCGGGCGUCUUGGUCAAAUCCGCCUUUGCUGUGGGCCUUGGUUUCAACUACCCCAAACCGAACAAGCCCAUCCCCUUCCGUCAGGUAAUCUACAACGGACAGAACCACUACAAACCGGGCACAGGGGUGUUCACCUGCGUGGAGCCCGGCGUCUACGAAUUUGAGUUCCACUGCACGUUCUCCAAUAGCCUGGGCUACGUGGAACUGAAACGCAACAACAAGCGGAUGGUACUCUCCUACAUCAGCAAGCAGGCCACAAACAGCCGCACCACCGCCUCGGGCGGAACCCUGGUGCAGCUCAGGCGGGGAGACCGGGUGUGGCUCACCGUCCAAAGCAGCAGCCGCAUGCUCUCUUACAGCUACUUUUCAGGUCACCUGAUUUUCAAUCCCUGAGUCGUCCUGGACAAGGAUGAGCAAACCGUGACACAGAGGAAAAUCAGGUCUCUUGUGCGAUCCUUCAGAUGUUUGUGUGUCAGAGGAAAACUAUUUUUUUUUUUACUGGGCCUGCUUUGCACUGAUUAGACAAGAGCAGGCCUCUAGGAUUACAUUUAUUUAUGUUUUUAAUUCAAUUGAUAAAGUAAGGAUGGAACACAGACAGCUUAUAUGGUUGUACUGCUAUUCAAAAUUAUUUCUGAUAUUUUCCUUUAAUUGAUUAAACAAAUAAAUAUUUUAGUUGUUUUGCAUGCA